ACUCCCUGUAAAAGUGUCCAAAUUCCAACAAAAUCUUGUUUUGUUUUACUCAAAGAGUCUUCAUCUUGACGCAAUUCAACAAAUUUCACAAAAAUAAAAUAAAUUAAAAAAAAAAAAAAUAGUACUCCAUCAUCCAUGUGAUUUGUCACCUAACUAGCCAGCAUCAUCCAUUUGAAAUUGCAACUUCACUCACUCCAAACCUUUCCAAUUCAAUGUCCUCAGAUCAGAAUCUCAAUUAGGGUUUUGAUCUGAGGAUUUAACAGAACAAAAAAUGGACGUAGAUAAAUCAUCACUGUGCAAUUGCGUUGUCAACUUUCUCUUGCAAGAGAACUAUGUGCUUACAGCAUUUGAACUUCUUCACGAGCUUCUCGAUGAUGGCCACGACGAUCAAGCUAUUCGUCUUAAACAGUUCUUUUCCGAUCAUUCUCUUUUUCCUCCCGAUCAAAUCUCUCGCCUCAACUCUCUUAAAGUGGCAGAUCCUCAAAGUUUGCUGGAAGAGAAAGAAACAGCCGUAGAAAAGUUAGCUAUUAGUGAUUAUGAACUGCGUUUAGCUCUAGAAGACAUCUCAAAACUCAAGAGUGAAUUGCAGAAGAAGACAGAAAACCUUAAUGAAACAAGUGCGACACAGUUAAGCGGAGAUGUUUCAGUGAAUGAUGGGCAACAAAUUCAAAAGCAAAAGAAUACUUCCUUCACAGAUUUGGGUCCGUUAAAGGAUACUGAACGUCGAGAUCUUAAUUGUGCCGUAAAGGAAUAUCUGCUUCUAGCUGGUUACCGUCUUACUGCAAUGACAUUUUAUGAGGAGGUUACAGACCAGAACUUGGACAUUUGGCACAACACACCUGCAUCUGUACCUGAUGCCUUGCGGCAUUAUUAUUAUCAGUAUCUAUCAUCAACUUCAGAGGCUGCUGAGGAAAAGUUUUCUCUUCUUCAAGAGAAUGAAACAUUACUGAAAUCAAAUAAGAAGCUGAACCAAGAAAAUGAAACCUUGCUGAAGAACAAAGGUUUGACUGAUGCUCAAAUUGGAACAUUAACUAAAUCUUUGGAGGUAAUGCAGAAAGAUAUCAGAGAAAAAGAGAACCAGGCGCUUGUUUUAAAACAGUCCUUGGAGAACCAAAGAAAAGAGCUCAAUGAUUGCAGAGCCGAGAUCACUUCACUGAAAAUGCAUAUGGAAGGGUCUCUCUCCAGAAAUAAUCUGGUUGUCAUGGAAGUUAAUAAUGCCCAGUCUCAAUCUUUAGAGUACGAGGAAGAAAUUAAGAAAUUGCAUGUGGAAAUUGAAUCGCUGAAGGAAAAGAAUGCAAGAGCUCCUGAACCUGGAAAUUAUGUUGGUUCUGAAACGGAAAAUUUACAGACAGAUGAUAAAGUGAUUGAGAUUCAUGAAGACCGAGGUACAAUCUCAAAUCCUGUUGAUGCGGAUGUUGGUGCUGUACACAAUGAAGAUGCACAAUCAUCAGCUGUUCAAACACUGACUGAGAAUGCAAAUAACCAUGAAGAUACCUUGCCUAAAUUAUUUGAUCCUGCAAAUACAAAUAGUGAUUUUGAAAAUAUAAAAAAUGAUUCUGAACUAAAUGUUGGUCAACAAAAAGAGGACAGUGGGUUACUUGCAAAAGCAGACAGUGGAUUAGGAACAGUUCAGAUACUUGCAGAUGCUUUGCCUAAAAUCGUUCCUUAUGUCUUGAUCAACCAUCGUGAGGAGCUCCUUCCUCUAAUAAUGUGUGCUAUCGAGCGCCACCCAGACAGCAACACUCGGGAUUCUUUGACCCACACAUUGUUUAAUUUAAUCAAGCGUCCAGAUGAGCAGCAGAGACGAAUAAUAAUGGAUGCAUGUGUCAGCCUUGCAAAGAAUGUUGGAGAGAUGAGAACAGAAACAGAAUUGCUUCCACAGUGCUGGGAACAAAUAAGUCACAUGUACGAGGAGCGUAGAUUGCUUGUUGGUCAGUCAUGCGGAGAGCUUGCAGAAUUUAUACGGCCUGAGAUUCGCGAUUCUCUUAUUUUAUCUAUUGUGCAGCAACUAAUAGAAGACUCUGCCAGUGUUGUUCGAGAGGGUGCAGCUCGAAAUCUAGCUAUGCUGCUUCCACUUUUCCCAAACAAGGAUAAAUAUUUCAAGGUGGAGGAGCUAAUGUUCCAAUUAGUAUGUGACCCGGCUGGAGUGGUAGUGGAAACUGCUCUCAAGGAAUUGGUUCCCGCAGUUAUAGAUUGGGGAAACAACCUAGAUCAUGUUUUGAGAGUUUUACUUUCUCAUAUUUUAAACUCUGCUCUGCGUUGUCCACCGCUUUCUGGGGUUGAAGGGUCUAUAGAGUCACAUCUCCGUGUAUUGGGUGAAAGAGAGCGAUGGAAUGUAGACGUUUUGUUGAAAAUGCUGAUGGAAUUGCUUCCUUUCGUGCACCAAAAAGCAUUUGAGACAUGCCCCUUGUCCACCACAGAAACUACACCAACAAUGUUAUCUAUCCCAUUGCUUGAAUUGUAUGCUAGGGGACAAGUUGAAUGGGUUACAUUUGAGUGGAUGCAUGUUGAGUGUUUUCCAAACAUGAUAAAGCUGGCCUGCUUGUUGCCACAAAAAGAAGAUAAUUUACGGAGCCGAAUUUCGAAGUUUCUGUUAUCUGUAUCUGAAUGUUUUGGGGAGUCCUACGUGACAUGCAUAAUGCUACCAGUAUUUUUAACUGCAGUAGGGGAUGAUGCAGAUUUUACUUUUUUUCCUACCUCUAUCCAUUCAAGAAUUAAAGGUAACAUUUUUUUCCCUGUGAUUUUUUUUUUGUUACAUAAUUGCUUCAUAUUUGACCGUUCACUUGUAGGUUUGAGGCCAAGAUCUGCCGUUGCUGACAGGCUUUCUGCAAUGUGUGUCUUGCCGCUUCUGUUGGCUGGUGUUUUGAGUGCUCCUGGAAAACAUGAACAGUUAGCAGGAUAUUUAAGGAAGCUGCUACUAGAAGAUAAUUCCAUGGAAAAUCGAUCAACCAAGCACACUCCUGAGAUUAUUAAUGCUAUCCGCUUCAUUUGCACAUAUGAAGAAUACCAUGGGUUGGUAUUUAAUAUAUUAUGGGAAAUGGUGGUCAGCUCUAACAUGAGCAUGAAAAUAAAUGCUGCCCAUCUGCUGAAAGUUAUUGUGCCAUAUAUUGAUGCAAAGGCUGCUUCAACUCAUGUUUUGCCUGCUCUAGUUACUCUUGGAUCUGAUCAAAACCUGAAUGUAAAGUAUGCCAGCAUAGAUGCAUUUGGUGCAGUGGCUCAGCACUUCAAAAAUGAGAUGAUUGUUGACAAGAUACGUGUUCAAAUGGAUGCUUUUCUUGAAGAUGGUUCCCACGAAGCUACUAUUGCUGUUAUUCGUGCGUUGGUGAUUGCCGUACCACAUACAAUAGAAAGACUUAGAGAUUAUCUUUUGUCCAAGAUUUUCCAACUUACAGCAAUGCCGAAUGCAGCAAAAGAUUUAAUGCGUCGACGAGAGCGAGCUGAUGCAUUCUGUGAGGCAAUCCGUGCUCUGGAUGCUACAGAUCUUCCUGCAAAUAGUAUUCGGGAGUUCUUCCUGCCUGCUAUACAGAACCUCUUGAAAGACUUGGAUGCACUGGAUCCAGCUCACAAAGAAGCACUUGAAAUUAUUAUGAAGGAAAGAUCAGGGGGGACUUUUGAGACUAUUAGCAAGGUAAUGGGUGCUCAUCUCGGGCUUCCAUCAUCAGUUAGCAACUUCUUUGGUGAGAGUGGGUUGCUCGGGAAGAAAGAAGCCACGGAGCCAUCAACAGAGGCAGUUAUCUCUCCCAAAUCUGCCACUGCAUCACCAGCAGAGGACACUAGAUUCAGACGCAUCAUGAUGGGAAAUUUCAGCGAUAUGCUUCGCGGUAAAGCAAAAGCCCAAGAGGAUGGGCAGAACCAAUAAGAUGCAUUCCCCCCUAGCGAGUUUCUGCUUGAGCUGUUUCAUCAGGUGAAUGUCAUUGUUUCCCAUAUGUACAACAACCAAGACUUUUGAUACUUUUACAGUGUUGUUUCUGAGAUAGAAAUAGAAUAUGAAAAUAUAAAUAAAUAGUAGUUUAUUGCAGUUUUUGACCUUUUUGUGUUUUUGGUGCCAAAUUGGUGGUUGUGAUCUAAUAGGCCCUGUGUUUCAGGGGACAGGAGUCAGGAAUAUAUUUUUGAGUCGAGAGCACAUAGUAUACGAAUUGUUCAUUAAAUAAUCAUCUGCUCUA